AGCAAAUUAAACACCAACUUUAAGAAAGCAUGUAAAAAACAGUGAGGACACAAAAGAGAGCCUGAACAUAUGAUGUCUUUUUAUAAUAUCUACUGCUUUUGCUUGUUUCUCCUGUUGCUACUACAACAUCAAUUUUAUCAUGGAUCAAGUCAACUAGAGCUUAACUAUUACUCCGAAACAUGUCCAAAUGCUGAAGCUAUAGUCAAAGAAGAGGUGAGCAAACUAUACCAUAAGCAUGGAAAUACAGCCAUUUCAUGGAUCAGAAACUUAUUUCAUGAUUGCAUGGUUAAGUCGUGUGAUGCAUCAAUCUUAUUGGACGAGGAUCGAGCACAAGGUAUACACUCUGAAAAAUCUUCGUCGAGGAAUUUUGGGAUGAGAAACUUCAAAUAUAUAAAUAUAAUCAAGAAAGCCCUAGAGGAUGAAUGUCCAGGAAUAGUCUCUUGUGCUGAUAUUGUGGCUCUUGCAGCAAGAGAUGGCGUGAAACAGUUAGGAGGGCCGUAUAUAGAAAUGAAGACAGGAAGAAAAGAUAGCCUAGAAAGUUAUGCAGCAAUUGUUGAAGAUUUCAUUCCGAACCACAAUGAUUCUAUUUCUCUUGUUAUAGCUCGUUUUGGAUCAAUUGGCGUUGACAUCGAGGGAACAGUUGCUCUUUUAGGGGCUCAUUCUGUUGGAAGAGUUCAUUGUGUAAACAUCGUAAAUCGAAUAUAUCCAACUGUUGAUCCAACAUUAAACCCUGACUACGCCAAUUAUCUUAAGAGAAGAUGCCCAACACCAAACCCAGAUCCAGAAGCAGUCGAAUAUGCAAGAAACGACCUUGAAACUCCAAUGGUUUUAGACAACAUGUACUACAAGCAUUUAUUGAACCAUAAUGGCUUACUACUAGUAGACCAGCAGCUAGCCUCAGAUCCCUCUACUUUGCCUUAUGUUGAGAUCAUGGCACAUGAUGAUACAUACUUUCAUGACAAGUUUGCAAGGGCCAUGAUAGUAAUGUCCGAGAAUAAUCCUCUUACCGGUGACCAAGGUGAAAUUCGAAAGGAUUGUCGCCGUUUGAAUAAUAGUUAACACCGAGAAUAAUUAUGUCUUAGUCUAGACAGAGAACUAAUUGUACUCUUGUAUCUUUCUUCCUGUACUUAUAUUUCUGUUUUUUAUUAUAUGCAACAAAUAAAUUUUUUUAAGUGUCACAAAUAAUAUCCGUUUGUUGCAAAUAAUACUAAUAGAGGUAGUUAAAAAUAUGUACGGCAAAUGUCGAUGAAUGUAACACAUAAAUUAUGUAUUUGAACAAGUUUAGUGGUUUGUUUC